GCCGUGUAAAAAAUAGAGCGGACCCUGUGUGAAGUAGCCGUUGGUGUGUCAGUGCUCUCCAGGCUGCUGGCAUCUUCGUGUUAUUCAACUUCACUGUUUAACUGUGGAGCUGAACAAGUUAGAGACAUGUCUUCAGCACAGUCAUUUUCAGGUACAGACCCAAACCAACACAAGCGUGUAACUGCUCGGUCUAACCCUGGAUUUCUGGAGCGAUUGAGUGAAACUGCAGGAGGAACGCUUGUUGGUGUCGGACUCUUCUUCCUCUCAAUUUAUGUUCUCUUCACCAACGAGGGACGAGCUCUGCAAACAGCAUCUUCUCUGGAUGAAGGUCUUUCUCAGGUUGUGUCGUUGGGGCCUUACCUCAGCCUUGAUCUGCAGAACAACAACCGUUUAGUUCACCUGUCUGCACAGCUCCACACUUUACAGCCACUGCAUGACCCCAACUACAGAGUGGUGGUGCAGGCAGUGAAGCUGAAGAGGCAGGUGGAGAUGUAUCAGUGGGUGGAGUACCGGGAGAGCAGGGACUACCAGGAGAACGGGGAAACAAAAACUGAGACAACGUACAGCUACAACACCGAGUGGAAAUCAGAGUUGGUCAACAGUCGUAAUUUUGAUAAGGAGAUUGGUCACCAGAACCCAAGUGCCAUGGCAGUGGAGAGUGUGGAGGUUGUGGCUCCUGAAGUCAGAGUUGGGCCUUUCAUUCUGUCUAAAGGCCUGGUGGAGCAGAUAAAUAACUUCAAGACACUGAGUUUGAAGAAUUUCAACGCCUUUAACUUGGACCCUUUUCUCAGUAUUGAUGAUGAUUAUUUCUAUCACACUCAGUAUCCACGCAGACCGGAGGUCGGGGAUGUGCGUGUGAGAUUCUCCUACGCUGGACUGAGCGGUGAGACGUCUCCACUCGGCCCUGCUCAAAUUGUCAGUAUUGUGGCCAUGCAGAGAGGGGAGCAGCUGAUGCCUUUUAAAACCAAGUCAGGAGACACUCUGGAGAUCCUGUACCUGGAGGAGCUCACUGCAGAGGAGGUGUUUGCAAGGGAACAUCAGUACAACAGCAUGAAGACGUGGGGACUCAGGGCUGCAGGGUGGGCCCUCAUGUGCAUUAGUAUUCAGCUGACCAUGCGUAUCAUCUACACACUGGUGGACUGGGUUCCUAUCCUCAGAGAGCUGGUGUCUGUGGGGCUGAAGAUCUUCGCCCUGUGCGUCUCCUGCUCUCUGUCUCUCCUCACCAUCGGAGUAGGUUGGCUUUUUUACCGACCAUUAGUGGCGGCAGCUCUGGGAGCACUAGCUCUGCUCCCAGUGCUUCUCGCCCGCUCAGGGCUUCCAGCCAAGAAGAAUGAAUGACUAUUGCACUGAUGAUUACUGCAGCAGUUACAGAUGGCUGGCUGUAACGGUCCAUCAGAGGUGUGAGACAGUAUCAUGCAGCUGGUUUUUCCACAGCAGGGUUGCCAACUGUACAGGACUUGCUUUCUUGGGUUUAACCGACUAUCUAUGAGAUUAUUUGUGUUUUGCUUUUAGUAAGUACAAUAACAGGUUUAGUCCACCGUCCAUCAGUGUUAACGUGGAUUUGAACAUUUGAAAAUAUUGGUGCUCACUGUCUUCUCAUCCUGAUGAUAUAUUCAAGGACAUACAGAAAUCCUUGCGGCCUCACUGCUGAUGUUGUCCUGUCAGACAUGAGUGGAAGCUGUUUGUUGCGUUUAGAUCUGUUGUUAUCAGACGUGGCCUUUCAAAUCCUCAGUGUUCUCAUUCGAUACACUGCUGCUCAGUGAGCAACAUAAAAUCACUGUAGUGUCAUUUUUACUGUAAAUAGAAAUCACCAAAGACCUGUUUCUCCCUCUGCAGAACUGAGACUCACUUGCCACUUUAUUAGUUACGUUUUAUUAAACUAAUGCAAUCCUAUCAAAAGCCCCAUGACAAAUCUUCAUGAAGGCACAGUUUGCAGUGUUAAAUAUUAACCUGAACAUUAUAGAUUUGUCACAGAGGUGUUGUUAGAUUGCAUUUGCUUAACUAGGUGUACCUAAUAAACUGCUAAAGUAAGUUCUUUAUGUAUAGUAUCUUCAUGUGUAAUCCUUUUCCAUUUUAUCACCAACACUUGAGGGAAUAUUGUGUUUGCAUUUUCAAAAUAAUACGUUGCGUUUCUCAUCAGGGAAUUUUUCUGAAGUUGAAAAAUUAACAACUUGAGGUAAAUUAUGAAUAAAAUUCACAUACUUCUAAGUUGAAAAAGUGAUGAAUGCCAUUGUUUCUUUAAAACGACUCCAUCUUGGUACCAAAGUGGGGAUCUGCAAUUUUGUUCUAUUGUCUGACUGCAGUUUAUGUUAAAUAAAGCACUUUUUUGUGUCUCUCAACCUCA